AUGUCUUCCUCAAUUGCAAUGACGCCUGCGAUUCACACCGUCAUCGAGUCAAUCGCUGUGAUCAUGCUCGGACGGCCUCCCAGAGACAACCAAGAAGCUAUCGAAGUUGCCAGCAGCCAGCUGGAGGACUUCCUUGCUGCCACUCCGUCCAUGCCCAAUGGGCAACUGGUCGUCCCCAAGGCGACCCAGCAACAACAACGGCACCAGCAAUGGUGGCCCCCCCCUGCUGCAGCAAGGGCAGCAGCAAGGGCAGCAGCAGCAGCAGUAAUGGCGACGGCGGAAGCCAUUGCUGAAGAAGAAGCGGAGGAAAUCAAGGAAGGCGACGACAACGACGAAGAUGACGUUCCUGCCGCUGCCGCCACCAGUCCUCUUUUUCUCGUCGAAUGUCUACACCCGCCAGAGACUUCGACUUCAAUGACACCGCGUCAAAUUUGGGCGGGGAGGACAGGCAUCAAUGGGUUGGUCGACCACGCCAAGAUCCCAACGAGCGGCCAAGAAAACAACAUGGCGAGUCAAUGCGCCAAUUCAACGCCCGACGGGUUGAAUAUGCGGCCCAACACCCGGAAGACCGGUGGGCCCAAAACGAGGGGCGCCUGGCCCAGAGAAACCAGGAGAAAAGAGACAAGAAGGGGGAGGAGAGGAAGGAGACAAGGCCAAGAAGAAGGCCAAGAAGGAGGAAGAGAGAGCCUGGAGGGCUGA